UGCGCGUCUUCCUUCCGGGUCGCGCUGGGCCGGGCUCGCCGCUGUGUUGCCGCAGCUCCAGAGUCUGGGAGUCGCCCCCGCGCCAGGGCCUUUCCGCGCCGCCUGGUCGCUGCUGAGGCCCGCGGCGCGCGCCUCUCCCGGACCCUACAGGGUAAAAGGAUGUUAUGCUUCAGCAUUUUCACCUGAAAUCGGCCUGUAGAUUUCAGGCCACAUGGAUGGUUGCCAACUUUUGCAUUUCCCAAGUGCGUCCUGUGACCAUUCUCUCUGGGAACAUCCUUCAAAGAGUUCAUGCGUCUUACAGAGGACACCUGACCUUUUGAAGCUUCAUAAUUCACAUCUUUGAUGUCACCAGUCUUUCCCAUGUUAACAGUUCUGACUAUGUUUUAUUAUCUAUGCCUUCGGCGCCGAGCCAGGACAGCUACAAGAGGGGAAAUGAUGAACAGCCAUAGAACUAUAGCAUCAAACAGCCGGACUUCACCUCUCAACGCAGAGGUGGUCCAAUAUGCCAAAGAAGUAGUGGACUUCAGUUCCCAUUAUGGAAGUGAGAAUAGUAUGUCCUAUACCAUGUGGAAUUUGGCAGGCGUUCCAAAUGUAUUCCCAAGUUCUGGUGACUUUACUCAGACAGCUGUGUUUCGAACAUACGGAACUUGGUGGGACCAGUGUCCCAGUGCUUCCUUGCCAUUCAAGAGGACACCACCUAAUUUUCAGAGCCAGGACUAUGUGGAACUAACUUUUGAACAGCAGGUGUAUCCUACGGCUGUUCAUGUUCUGGAAACCUAUCAUCCUGGAGCAGUCAUUAGAAUUCUGGCUUGUUCUGCAAAUCCCUAUUCCCCAAGUCCACCAGCUGAAGUAAGAUGGGAGAUUCUUUGGUCAGAGAAACCUACGAAGGUGAAUGCUUCCCAGGCUCGCCAGUUUAAACCUUGUAUUAAGCAGAUAAAUUUUCCCACAAAUCUUAUCCGACUGGAAGUAAAUAGUUCUCUUCUGGAUUAUUACACUGAAUUAGAUGCAGUUGUGCUACAUGGUCUGAAGGACAAGCCAAUGCUGUCUCUCAAGACUUCACUUAUUGACAUGAAUGAUCUAGAGGAUGAAGACUAUCCUGAAGAGGCUGGUUGUGGAAUGGACAAUCUUAACAAAAAAUUUAGCAGUGUUGCCCUCAAGGAAGGGCCAAAUAAUGGAUAUUUUGAUAAACUACCAUAUGAGCUCAUUCAACUGAUUCUGAAUCAUCUUACCCUACCAGACCUGUGUAGAUUAGCACAAACUUGCAAACUACUGAACCAGCAUUGCUGUGAUCCUCUGCAGUACAUCCACCUCAAUCUGCAACCAUACUGGGCAAAAGUAAAUGACACCUCUUUAGAAUUUCUACAGGCUCGUUGCACUCUCGUCCAGUGGCUUAAUUUAUCUUGGACUGGCAAUAGAGGCUUCAUUUCUGUUGCAGGAUUUAGCAGGUUUCUGAAGGUUUGUGGAUCUGAAUUAGUACGCCUUGAAUUAUCUUGUAGUCACUUCCUGAAUGAAACUUGCUUGGAGGUUAUUUCUGAGAUGUGUCCAAAUCUGCAGGAAUUAAACCUCUCAUCCUGUGAUAAACUACCACCUCAAGCUUUCAACCACAUUGCCAAAUUAUGCAGCCUUAAACGACUCAUUCUUUAUCGAACAAAGGUGGAGCAAACGGCACUGCUCAGCAUUUUGAACUUCUGUUCAGAGCUUCAGCACCUCAGUUUGGGCAGUUGUAUAAUGAUUGAAGACUAUGAUGUGGUAGCUAGUAUGAUUGGAGCUAAGUGUAAGAAGCUCCGGACCCUGGAUCUCUGGAGAUGUAAAAAUAUCACCGAGAAUGGAAUAGCAGAACUGGCUUCUGGGUGUCUGCUUCUGGAGGAACUCGACCUGGGCUGGUGCCCCACUCUGCAGAGCAGCACCGGCUGCUUCGCCAGACUGGCACGUCAGCUCCCAAACUUGCAAAAACUCUUUCUUACAGCCAACAGGUCUGUGUGUGACACAGACAUUGAAGAACUGGCAGGUAAUUGUACCAGAUUACGGCAACUGGACAUAUUAGGAACAAGAAUGGUGAGUCCAGCAUCCCUAAGAAAACUCCUGGAAUCUUGUAGAGAACUCGUGCUACUUGAUGUGUCCUUCUGUUCGCAGAUUGACAACAGAGCUGUGCUGGAACUGAAUGCUAGCUUUCCGAAAGUGUUCAUAAAAAAGAGCUUUACUCAGUGAUUGAAUCUAGGUUCUGUAAUAAAAUUAAUGUGCUUUUGUAGGGCUUUAUUUGGGGGGGCUUUAUUUUUUGUUUAAUUUUUAUAAUGGUAAGAAUUAAGACAUUUGUAGAUUCUAAAGAAAAAUACCAAGUUGCACAUUAAAUCAAAUAAAAAUGUAAACAAAUGUUCAGAUGUUUUCGCUAAUGUUACAAGCACUUUUCUUCAAGAAAAUGUAAAUGGCUGAUAUUAUUUUUACCUUAUGUUAAUCAGUGACUGUAUGCUUUAGUCAAUGAUUGUAUGAUUAAUGAAUAAUAUGGAAAAAUUUAACUUAUUUUUAAAGGAAUACUUUGAACAGAAAAGUAUCAUGAUAAUAUGCAAAAAUAAAGUUAAUUUUUCACA